CAGCAGCAAAAAACACUUCAUGCCGUUGCAUCUUCCGGCAAUCUUGGAAUGCUCAAACAAAUCCUCAGUGUACUUCAAGACCCUCUCAAGGCAGUCAAUGACCCCCAUCCUUCUACCGGAUUGACUCCACUUCAUUUCGCUGCCUCCAGAGGCCAUUUGGAAGUUGUUAAAUGUUUAUUAGAAGAUUACGCUGUGUCAGUAGACUCGCGUGACAAGGAAGGCGAAGUAAGGGGCAAAAUGAAUCACACUCCACUGAUUAACGCUGCUUCCAAAGGCUAUAUGUCUAUCGUCGAGUACCUUUUGGAUGAAGCACACGCCAACCCACUCUUGAAAAACAACUUUGGUGAGGCUGCAUAU